AUGACUGCUGUGGCUCCUAUGGAGAUUCGUGUCUUCUCUGAGUUGGUGAACAAGGCGAGAGUGGUGGAAGAAUAUGCGAAAACGGUAGCUUCGUCCAAGGAAACUCACGAAGGAAGCUCUAGUUGGAGACGUGGCAAGUAUUUUCAUCCAAGGGGUCAGAGUUUCAAGAGAGGAGGAUAUGCGCCUCAAGGGCAAGGAGGCUUCAGAAAGAACACUCAAAAUAAGUUUCAGUAUGCCAAAGGGAGAGGAAAUCAAAGUAAGAUUUCUCUGGAUUUGACUUGUGUGCGUUGUGGGCAUUUUCAUCCAUAUGACUCAUGCAAGAUUGGUUUAGGUGGUUGCUUCAACUAUGGCUUGCCUAGUCACUUUGCGAGGGAUUGCACUCGUGGGAAGAACCCAAAUGCGGGUCAAAGUCAGCAUCAGGGGCCAGUGUUUGCUGUGAACGCCAAGGAUGCUUCUAAGGAGGAUCCGUUGAUGAGAGGUAACUGUUUAAUUGGUGAUAAAGUCUUGAUUGCAUUGUAUGAUACUGGAGCUUCGCAUUCGUUUAUUUUAUUUGCUAAGGUUGAGGAACUAGGCUUGAAAGUGUCAGAGUCAGCAUUGGAUCUGCAUGUACAUACUCCGUAUCAGACAGUUAUGACUAAGUCAGGUUGUAGGCAAAACCGAGUUUUGUUUGAUUACUUUGAGUGGUCAAUUCGGUUUAUCCCAGAAGGAGAAAGUAGAGCAGUGAUAGCUGAGGGUUACUACCUGAACUCGGUAAUGGUGCAUUGUAGUGGGGAAAAGUGUCAGGGUUAUAUUCUGUUGGCUGCGAAUACGUUAGGGGAUAAUCAGGAACUAGAUCAAAUUCUGGUAAUUAGAGACUUUCUGGAGGUGUUCCCGGAAGAUAUUCCUGAAUUUCCACCUCAAAAGGAAAUUGAAUUUGCGAUUGAAUUGGUGCUGGGAGCCGGACCAGUGUCGAUUGCACCGUAUAGGAUGGCUUCGAUAGAGCUGGCUGAAUUAAAGACUCAGUUGGAAGAGCUUCUGAACAAGAGGUUCAUUCGAUCGAGUGUAUCUCCGUGGGGAGCGCCAGUUUUAUUGGGGAAGAAGAAGGAUGGAGAAAUGUGA